GUUGGGGCUCCCACGGCUGAUUGAUCUGACAGACCACAUCGCGGCAUGUGAUGAAGCUGUGACAGGUUUGAAAACACAAUGGCAGGAAACAGCCUUGUUCUACCCAUUGUGCUUUGGGGACGCAAAGCACCAACACAUUGUGUCUCCGCUGUGCUUUUAACAGAUGAUGGGGCCACAAUUGUAACUGGAUGCCAUGAUGGACAAAUAUGUCUCUGGGAUCUUUCAGUAGAAUUAGAAGUUAAUCCUCGAGCAUUGUUAUUUGGUCACACAGCAGCAAUUACUUGUUUGUCUAAAGCUUGUGCUUUUAGUGACAAACAGUAUAUUGUGAGUGCAUCUGCAAGUGGAGAGAUGUGCCUCUGGGAUGUGAAUGAUGGCAGAUGCAUUGAGUUUACAAAAUUAGCCUGCACACAUACUGGCAUACAGUUUUACCAAUUCUCUGCUGGAAAUCAGCGAGAAGGAAGACUUUUAUGCCACGGACAUUACCCUGAAAUCCUUGUGGUGGAUGCUACCAGCCUUGAGGUGUUAUACUCCUUAGUAUCAAAGAUAUCACCAGACUGGAUUAGCUCCAUGAGUAUUAUUCGAUCCCAUCGGACACAAGAGGACACUGUGGUAGCACUUUCAGUGACAGGCAUCUUGAAGGUGUGGAUCGUCACCUCUGAAAUAAGUGGCAUGCAGGAUACUGAGCCAAUAUUUGAGGAGGAAUCCAAACCAAUUUAUUGUCAGAAUUGUCAAAGCAUCUCUUUUUGUGCAUUCACGCAAAGGUCACUUUUGGUUGUGUGCUCCAAAUAUUGGAGGGUAUUUGAUGCUGGAGAUUAUUCCCUGUUGUGUUCAGGUCCUAGUGAAAAUGGACAGACUUGGACUGGAGGGGACUUUGUAUCAGCAGAUAAAGUAAUCAUUUGGACUGAAAAUGGGCAAAGUUAUAUUUACAAACUACCUGCCAGUUGCCUUCCAGCUAGUGAUUCAUUCCGCAGUGAUGUGGGGAAAGCAGUUGAAAAUUUAAUUCCUCCUAUACAACAUAGCCUCUUGGAUCGAAAAGAUAAAGAGCUGCUAAUUUGUCCUCCUGUUACUCGGUUCUUCUAUGGAUGCAAGGAAUAUUUCCAUAAACUAUUAAUUCAGGGUGAUUCCUCUGGAAGAUUAAAUAUUUGGAACAUAUCAGAUACUCCUGAUAAACAGGAAGGUGACGAAGGGCUGAAAAUGACAACCUCUAUCAGCUUGCAAGAGGCCUUUGAUAAACUGAAUCCUUGUCCUGCUGGAAUUAUAGAUCAGCUGAGUGUGAUUCCUAAUAGUAAUGAGCCUCUGAAAGUGACUGCAAGUGUGUACAUACCAGCACAUGGACGGCUUGUUUGCGGCCGUGAGGAUGGAAGCAUAAUUAUUGUACCUGCCACACAGACUGCCAUAGUACAGCUGUUGCAAGGGGAACACAUGCUCAGAAGAGGUUGGCCACCUCACAGAACACUCCGUGGUCAUCGGAACAAAGUCACAUGUUUGCUAUAUCCUCAUCAGGUCUCAGCUCGCUAUGAUCAAAGAUACCUGAUAUCUGGAGGUGUGGAUUUUUCGGUCAUAAUUUGGGACAUAUUUUCUGGAGAAAUGAAACAUAUCUUCUGUGUUCAUGGUGGUGAGAUUACUCAACUUCUAGUUCCACCUGAAAACUGUAGUGCAAGAGUGCAGCACUGUAUCUGCUCUGUAGCCAGUGACCACUCAGUAGGACUUCUAAGUUUGCGAGAGAAAAAAUGCAUCAUGUUGGCAUCUCGGCACCUUUUCCCUAUUCAGAUAAUCAAGUGGAGACCCUCUGAUGAUUACCUGGUCGUGGGUUGUUCAGAUGGCUCUGUGUAUGUCUGGCAAAUGGAUACUGGUGCUUUGGAUCGUUGUGUGAUGGGGAUAACAGCAGUAGAGAUACUGAAUGCUUGUGAUGAAGCAGUUCCUGCUGCAGUAGAUUCACUUAGUCACCCAGCAGUCAACCUCAAACAAGCUAUGACAAGACGUAGUCUUGCUGCCCUUAAAAAUAUAGCCCAUCACAAACUACAAACCCUUGCAACUAACCUCUUGGCUUCUGAGGCAUCUGACAAGGGGAAUUUACCUAAAUAUUCUCAUAACUCCCUGAUGGUUCAAGCAAUAAAGACAAACCUCACAGACCCGGACAUACAUGUGCUUUUCUUUGAUGUGGAAGCGUUGAUUAUUCAACUCCUGACUGAAGAAGCCUCUAGGCCGAAUACUGCGCUUAUUUCCCCAGAGAAUUUGCAAAAAGCAUCUGGCAGUUCAGACAAAGGGGGCUCUUUUCUAACUGGAAAACGAGCAGCAGUUCUCUUCCAACAAGUGAAAGAAACUAUCAAAGAGAACAUAAAGGAACAUCUCCUUGAUGAUGAAGAGGAAGAUGAAGAGAUAAUGAGGCAGAGAAGGGAAGAAAGUGAUCCUGAGUAUCGGGCCAGCAAAUCUAAGCCCUUGACCCUAUUAGAAUAUAACUUAACUAUGGACACUGCAAAAUUGUUCAUGUCCUGCCUUCAUGCCUGGGGUUUGAAUGAAGUUCUGGAUGAAGUUUGUCUUGAUCGCCUUGGAAUGCUGAAGCCACACUGUACAGUAUCAUUUGGCCUUUUAUCGAGAGGAGGUCAUAUGUCACUGAUGCUGCCUGGGUAUAAUCAGGCUGCUUGUAAACUACCACAUGGGAAAGCAGAAGCAGGAAGGAAGUUGCCAGCAAUGGAGGGAGUAGGAAAGGGGACUUACGGAGUAUCCCGAGCAGUCACCACCCAACAUCUCCUGUCUAUCAUAUCUUUGGCAAAUACUUUAAUGAGUAUGACCAAUGCAACUUUUAUUGGUGACCAUAUGAAGAAGGGUCCUACCAGGCCACCUAGACCAAGCACCCCAGACCUUUCUAAGGCAAGGGAUUCUCCUCCAACUUCCAGUAAUAUUGUGCAAGGACAGAUUAAACAAGGAUGGAGUCAGUUAGCUGCUAUGCAUUGUGUUAUGCUGCCAGACCUGCUGGGAUUGGAUAAGUUUAGGCCUCCACUUCUAGAAAUGCUGGCUCGAAGAUGGCAGGAUCGUUGCUUGGAGGUAAGAGAAGCUGCCCAGGCCCUGCUUCUAGCAGAGCUGAGGAGAAUUGAGCAGGCAGGACGAAAGGAAGCCAUCGAUGCCUGGGCUCCUUAUUUACCUCAGUAUAUGGACCACGUCAUAUCACCUGGAGUCACAGCAGAAGCCAUGCAGACUAUCACCACUGCUCCAGAUGCCUCAGGGUCAGAAGCCAAAGUCCAGGAGGAAGAGCAUGACCUUGUGGAUGACGACAUCACCACUGGUUGUUUAUCGAGUAUCCCACAAAUGAAAAAAAUUUCAACAUCCUAUGAGGAAAGACGGAAGCAAGCGACAGCUAUUGUUUUACUAGGAGUAAUAGGAGCUGAAUUUGGUGCUGAAAUUGAACCUCCUAAAUUGUUGACCAGACCUCGAAGUUCUAGUCAAAUUCCUGAAGGCUUUGGUUUGACUAGUGGAGGAUCCAACUACUCACUGGCCAGACAUACUUGUAAGGCUCUGACAUUUCUUCUGCUUCAGCCACCGAGCCCCAAACUUCCUCCACACAGCACUAUCCGUCGAACAGCCAUUGACCUGAUUGGGCGAGGAUUCACAGUGUGGGAGCCUUACAUGGAUGUAUCUGCUGUUCUGAUGGGGCUUCUGGAACUCUGUGCUGAUGCAGAGAAACAACUUGCCAACAUCACAAUGGGGCUGCCUCUGAGCCCUGCAGCUGACUCCGCCCGCUCCGCAAGGCAUGCCCUCUCUCUCAUUGCCACUGCCAGACCACCCGCCUUCAUCACCACUAUAGCCAAAGAGGUACACCGACAUACAGCUCUUGCAGCAAAUACCCAAUCACAGCAGAAUAUGCACACUACAACCCUUGCACGAGCUAAAGGGGAAAUCCUGAGAGUCAUUGAAAUUCUCAUCGAAAAGAUGCCUACAGAUGUUGUGGAUCUUCUUGUGGAGGUUAUGGACAUCAUUAUGUACUGCCUGGAAGGAUCUUUAGUUAAAAAGAAAGGUCUUCAAGAAUGUUUUCCAGCUAUCUGCAGGUUCUACAUGGUCAGCUAUUAUGAGAGGAGUCACAGAAUAGCAGUUGGAGCACGCCAUGGUUCAGUGGCCCUGUACGACAUCCGGACUGGAAAAUGUCAGACAAUCCAUGGACACAAGGGACCAAUCACUGCAGUGGCCUUUGCUCCUGACGGGCGAUAUCUUGCCACCUACUCAAACACUGACAGCCACAUUUCUUUCUGGCAGAUGAAUACGUCACUCUUGGGAAGCAUCGGCAUGCUGAAUUCAGCCCCUCAGCUGCGCUGCAUUAAAACCUACCAGGUGCCCCCAGUGCAGCCAGCAUCUCCUGGCUCCCACAAUGCCCUCAGACUGGCUCGGCUCAUCUGGACUUCCAACCGCAAUGUCAUCCUCAUGGCGCACGACGGGAAGGAGCACCGCUUCAUGGUCUAGCGCUACCUGCUGCCCUAACUGCGUUUUGUUUCCCUCAGUUCUCUAGGCCGACGUUGCUCUGUCCCUACAGCGGAUCAUUCCUUGGUGCCGGCCCACCCCAGUGUCAUCCAGGGGCGCUGCUGGGUCUGUGUCACUCGUGCAUGCUUCUUGGGGGCAGACUCCCGCACGGGCCUCCUAUUGAUUCAGAGGCAUGCACACACCACUCGACAGGAUGUGGCCAUUCUGUCACUAGGUGGUUUUUCCCUGCCAGAGAUGGGAGGGGUAAGCCAGCGGUUCCUGGGAACACUCUUCUUGCUCUGUGCAACAGAAGCCCAAAAAUCAAUAACCACUGUGAUUGCACUCUCAGCCCGAUCAGCCUUCCCAGCCAUUGAAGCCAGCCCUGAGUGCUGCUUGAAUCUGGUCAUUCUGACGCUGGCAUUGAGGUGAUGUGGCAGUCCUCAUUAUUGAAAUUACUCCCCUUUGGAUUUCCUAAAACAUACUGUUGUUUACCAAAAAGAUUCUGUGUUUACAUGUUUUUUUUCCCAUUGGUAAUUGCUAGGAAAUUACUCAAUUCAAUUUCCUAGGAUUUAGCCGCCACCUUCUUCAGUGACACUUAGCUGAUUUGAGAUUAAUGAGAAAAUAUUUAAAUAUAUUUUCCUUGUAUAAAAAUACAUUUUCCAGAUACCUAGCUUUCUGUAGUGCUCAUUUCCUGCUGAAAUAAUGGUAUAUGUAGUAGUUUAAAAUAAAAAUCAUUCACUAUUUAUUAUAUAGCUAAUAUAAUUAUCCAGUCACUGUAACUAAUCUUUUGAGGGGACUCUUGUGAUAAUGAAGCAAGUUUGGAAGCAUAGAAUAUACCUAAAAUGAAGACUCUCCUUUAUCUUGCUCUAGACCUUUUUGUUCAGGAAAGAGAUUGCUUCUUCCUUCUGGAAACUUCUCAACCUGCAGAUCCCAUGUGUAUGACAUGUCAAUUAUAAUGCUAGAAUUACAUAUCAGCAUUUCAACUACUGAUCAGUUAAAGGAAAACUAAGGAAGGAUUUCUUUUAGACAAGUACACUUGAAAAUUAAUAUCGAUGGCACAAACGUUUAGGAGUGGGGGUUCUCGGUUUGUUUGAAAAGGCACUGCAGCACCUGUGUUCUUCAGGCUUUUAAGGAAGCUUCAGCUUGCUCACUUUCUCCUGAUGUCCAGUUAUGCUGGUCUGUCUUACAGUAAUGGAAAAGUCCAUCAGUUAAUAUUUUAUAUGAAUUGCUUCUAACAGGUUUUAUCUAUAUAUUGUUCAGGGGAGUGGUUGUUGAUUGGUUGGCUGGCUGGCUGGUUGUUGAUUGGUUCAUUAGUUAGGUGAAAUGGUUUAUUAAAUGCAAAAAUAUGAAAUAAUUUAUUAAAUUCAGAGAAAAUAUGCAAAGUUUGCAGAGGAACCAGAACAUGAUGGAAGCAAUUAAUCUAAAAAGCUUAGAUUGUUCCAUAAUUCACAGAAACAUAGGAUCAAGGUCCAGAAACAAAUAUAUCUGUUAUUUUAUUGAAACAGAUUUUUAAAGAACAUAUUAAAAAAUUAAGCCCAGUAGAACAUACCUUUCAUAUUGAUAUAAAAUGUUAUUCCCAUUGAUGGCAAAUAUGUACUAUUUCUUGGUUUCAGAUGUUGGGUGUUCUUUCAAAAGUGAAUUUAUGCUACAUGCAUGUACAUCAUAUUUAUAAUGAUUAUAUAUGUAGUUUCCAAGAAAGAAACCACGAACUACACAGUGUAGACUUUGUGUGGUGAAUGUGCUGUUGUGUUUGUGGUAGAGAAAUGUGGGGUAAACUAACAGGCACACUGUGUUUUUCCAGUGGGCUUCUGAGUCUGCUCUUUACUCAGCACAUGUUUACUUUCUGAACUUAAAUGGAAAUUAAUUUAUUCUAGACUACAAAACUAUUUGGAAUGAGGAGGUAAACAUAAACCUUAGAUUUUUUUUUUUUUAACAAAACAUUCUGUGCAUCAGAAAAAAAAAAAGUGUGGGACUUGUAGGCAAGCCACCACACUGCACACGUGGUACCCACCGUGGAGACUGAGGACAAAGCUGUGAGAUCUGGGGGAGCAAAAACCCUGGUCAAGGGGAGAGCCAGCCUCUCCACAUCCCAUGUGCCCAGAUACUGGCUGUGAUGAGGCAGUAGAAUAUGAGGACUGUGGAGCUCCGUGGGGGGUUAUGUUGAUGAUUAGAUGACAUCUCUAACUGCUGAACUAAUAUUUACAUUCUUGUUAACAUAAUGCUCUCCUUUGCUAUUUGACACCCACAGUCCCAAACUUCAUCCCAGCUUAUGUUUCUCAGCUCUGAGGUAAACUUUGUAUUGUCAUCCCAGUGUACACUGUUAGUGUUUUAUUGAUUUUGUUAGCACUGCUUUUGGACCUGUCCUUGUAAAUGUAGACACAUAUGUGGCUCCACUGGUAAUUUACAAGCAAAAGAUGACAUGACGUGACAUCUGUAUGAAAAUGUCGUAAUGAUUGAACUUACUAUGUACAGCAAGUGAAUUAAAAUGUCUGCCUCCCAGGACAUUUCUGGAUAAUUCCACUUAAUAGAUUCUGUAUGUGCUGAAUGUCCCUGUGUACAUAAUGUGUGUUAAAUAAAACUGAAUUAUACUGAA